AUGGAGCUGGGGCCUUUGCAGCAUUCAAUGGCCAGACAUGGAAUGCGCCGUGGGAAGAUUGUGGAUGGCAGCGGCAACGCGCUGCCGUUAGUACUUCAUGGGCAGGCGGCUCAGGACGACGAUAUUGCAGAGCAUGCCGAGGAGCCUGAAGGACGUUGGUGGUGCUACUCGGAGUGCUAUGUGAUGCGCAUGGGGGCGGUGCCAGAUCGGAGAAUCGCCAAGAUCGUGCAUGUGGGCCGCAAUUGGACAGGAGAUUAG